AUGGUUGCACAAGUCCAGGUGAAUGUGGCACGUCGUGUUUCUCAACGUGGGCCACAUGGACCCCUUGGGGGCCAUGACAUUUUUUUCGGGGGACCACAAGGCCAAUUUCAAGAAAUGGGGGGCCACAGGGGGCCACAUGGGGGCCACAGAAAAUUAAUUGUUAAUGCAAAGAGUGACAUCUUUUACCUGUCUGACAUAUUUGAAAAACUAAAUGUUCUGAAUAAAGAGCUUCAAGGAAAUGACACCAUCUUGUUUUCCUGCAAGGAGGCAAUUACUGCUUUUAAUGGGAAACUCAAGCUGUUAUGGUUGAAUCUUGGGAGACGUGAGUUUGCACAGUUUCCUUCCUUAGUAGAUAUAUCGACCGAGGUUCUUGAUGAUGACCUAGCAGUGUAUGUUGACCAUCUGAAGCAGUUGUACAAUGAUAUGGAAAUCCGCUUCUCUGACCUACGUCAAAUGACUGUGCCUGACUGCUUUGUGGAUCCCUUCAUUGCUGAUGCAUCUAAAGUUGAUGUCACCUUACAAGAAUAUUUAAUUGAACUUCAACAUAACACAACAGCUCAAGCAAGGUUCAAUCAUGGAGGACAUCAGAAGCUGUGGAUGAAUCAAGAUGUGCUCAAGAAGUAUCCACUGCUCUGGAAUAAUGUGAAAUUGCUCUUGCUGGCUUUUCCCACGUCUUACUUGGUUGAGACUGGAUUCAGUAGGGUGAUGCACCUGUUGUCAAAGACUCGUAAUCGCCUUGAUAUUGAAAUGAGAGGUGAUUUACGUCUCUCUUUGACAGCUUUCAGGCAAAGAAUUGACAAGUUGGCAGCCCUGCACCAGUCACAGAGAUCCCACUGA